ACUGCACAACAGACCGAAGAAACGCACAGCCGCAAAGAGACCAGACCCAACCGCAUCGGCCCGGCGGCGCAGGGGUUUCCUUCCUUCCACGAUCCACGGUCGCGGCGAGGCGAUGGACGCCGACCACGGCGGCGGGGUGGACGAGGCGGAGGCGGCCUUCUUCGCGCGCCGGGGCAGCCGGUGCUGCUGCUUCCCCUGCUGGCCCUCCUCCACAUCCUCCUCGUCCUCCGCCCUCUCCCACCAGCGCGUCGGCGGGGCGGCGGCGACGCUGGGCGGGGAGGAGGAGCACUGGUGGCAGGGCGCGGUGGACGCGCUGCUCAAGGUGCGGGAGUGGUCGGAGCUGGCGGCGGGGCCGCGCUGGAAGACCUUCAUCCGCCGCUUCGGGCGCGGCCCCGGCGGGCCCCGCCCGCACCACAACUUCGGCGGCCGCAAGCUCAACUACGACGCGCUCAGCUACGCGCUCAACUUCGACGAGGGCCACGGCGCCACCCCCGAGGCCGGCGACCACGCCGGCGGCUACCGCGACUUCUCCUCCCGCUUCGCCGCCCCGCCCGCCUCCGCCAAGUCCUCCAUGGACCUCGGCGGCCGCGACGCGCCGCCGCUCUUCCACCCGCCGCCCGCCGACGGGGCCCCACGGGCCUGACCGCUCCUCCGCCCCCUCGGAUCGCGCCACAGGAGAAGGAAAGGUAUCGCUCGACGGUGGUGGUCAAACUUCAAAGCGUGGCAAAAAGACGGUGGCCUUUUCUCGGAUGGUUCGGCUCCAUA